AUGGCACCACCGUAUUUUGUAGGAUCUACAAAUGGCCAGGAGGCAGCGGCACCAAAGACAUAUUACGAGCAGCAGCGCGAGAUGCUGGUGACGGAGAUUGCUCAAAGCCUAGAAGUCGUCUUGCAAAACAUCAACAAACUCAACCGCUCGCUCGAAGAAGUCACGUCGGUCGGCAACGAAUUCGCGCCCGUCGAGUCGCUGUGGAGUCACUUUGAGAACGUCAUGGCCAAGGACCCCAACGAGCAGCAGGAAAGCACGCAAGAGGGGGCCACCGAGCACGAGGGUGAGACGGAGGUGCCCGAUGAGAGAAAAUGA